AUGCGUGAGUAUAAGAUUGUCGUUCUGGGAAGUGGAGGUGUUGGAAAAUCAGCUUUGACUGUUCAAUUUGUCCAAGGAAUUUUCGUAGAAAAAUAUGAUCCCACUAUCGAAGAUAGUUAUCGCAAACAAGUUGAAGUUGAUGGACAACAAUGUAUGCUGGAAAUUUUGGACACCGCAGGAACGGAACAAUUUACAGCCAUGAGAGAUCUUUACAUGAAAAAUGGACAAGGAUUUGUACUUGUUUACUCCAUCACAGCGCAAUCUACUUUCAACGAUCUCAUGGACCUGAGAGAUCAAAUAUUGCGUGUCAAGGAUACGGAUGAGGUCCCUCUCAUUCUCGUUGGUAACAAAUGUGACUUGGAAGACGAGAGAGUGGUUGGGAAAGACCAGGGACAGAAUUUAGCUCGUCAGUUCGGGUCUGCAUUCCUGGAGACAUCUGCUAAAGCCAAAAUUAAUGUAAACGAGGUUUUCUAUGAUCUUGUUAGGCAAAUUAACCGCCGAUAUCCCGAAUCCGGCAAAAGACAGGGCCACAGUUCCAAGAAAUGUUGUGGUUGUUCCAUCAUGUAA